AUGGCGAGAGAGAAAAGGGAUAUUCGGCCGGUGCUUUUGAAAUUUGGGGUUGCGUUUGCUCUUUCUCUUGGUGGGAUUCUUUAUACCCUUUUCAAGAACAAAAAAAUAAAACCUGAUAAAUCUCAACCUCCACAGCCUUCUCAAGAUUUGGGAGGGGAAAGUUGUGAGCUAGAUAAUGAUGAUGAACCUCUGCACAAAUCAUCCCGCAAUUCUCCUGAAAUUUCACGCGGAAAAUAUGAGUCAUCUUCCCCAAAGGUUACUUGUGGGAAUUUCACCAAGGAUCUCUCUCCGAAUGCUAGAUACAUUGGAGAUAGAGACGGUUAUCUCUUGCCAGAAUCCGUUGAUCUUGUAAAGGAAUGUGAUUCAACUGUCAAAGGGGCUGGUAUAUCUCCACGGAAAAAUACGGAUACUCAAGUUCUCGAUGUAGAAUCACCACAGGGAUGCAAAUACAUUGAACACGAUGAACCCGACAGAGAGAUUAGGGGCCUAAAGAGCAAGGUUAAACUGCUCCAAGAGAGGGAGAGGAACCUGGAGAUUCAACUUCUCGAGUACUACGGCAUUAAAGAGCAGGAAACUGCAGUUAUGGAGCUACAGAACCGGCUAAAAUUGAACAGUAUGGAGGCUAAACUUUAUAAACUUAAGAUUGAGUCCUUACAGGCCAACAAUAGAAGACUAGAGGCCGAAGUGGCUGAUUAUGCAAAAGUCGUGUCGGAACUGGAGGCUGCAAAGGCCGAGAUAAAGCUGCUUAGGAAGAAACUUAGGUCUGAAGCUGAACAGAAUCGGGAACAGAUCUUGACCCUACAAGAAAGAGUAAUGAAGCUGCAGGACCAGGAAUCCAAUGGUGUCAAAAACGACCCUGAUAUGAAAUAUAAGCUUCAAAAAAUGAAGGAACUCGAGGUCGACAUAGAAGAUUUGAGGAAGUCGAAUCAUGGCCUGAAGCAGGAAAAUUCUGAAUUGGCUGAGAAAUUGGAGUAUCUACAAAUGAUUGCUACUUCCGCUUUAGAUAAUGAAGAGAUUCAAGCACUUAAAAAAGAAAUGAUCGCUGCCGACGACUAG